GACUACAGUUAAACGACUGUAUAAUAGCUGAGACUAAUAACUAAAAUGAGUAAUGUCGUCAGGAUCUCAGUUCACUAUAAUAUAUAGUAAAUUAUUUCUAUACAAUGUAGCCUAUUAGCUUCCCUGAAAAAAGAUCAGUUGCCUAUAGUGAUACGGAAUAGCCUACCAUUUGUCUUAGUUUUUGAUACAAACUGUUUGGUGACCUUGAACAGAUGUAAUAUGUCACCAUAAGUACAUUCAUAUUUUCCACUGGAGGUGGAGGUAGGCCUUCUAGAUUUCUAGGCUAGGUAGGCCUAGGAUGUGCUACCUAAUUUACUAGAUACAUGAACGGGGCUGCAGUUGUCCAGUCCGCACAGAGUGGGCGCUACUGUUCAGAUGAUACACGGAACCAGCUAGGAUAGCCUACGCUACUACAACCUGUACGCCGAGCAGGGAUGUUGUGUUUUGUCUUUGUCAAGUAAAAUAAAACAGGUUUAACAGGAUAAAGACAGCAGUGAUCUUUCGGACGACAUGAGUUAAUCGUGAAAAGUGCGGGAGAGGAGAAAGAGCACAAGCAUGAAGCGGAGCAAGCAAUGGGAUAUCAAGUCUGCCAUGGUGCUGGCAGGGGCAUUCCACUUCCUUUAUUCCUGUGGCAGAGCCUGCCUGAUGCCUUUCCUCACCCUGUAUCUCAGGCACUUGGGUCUCAGUGCCUACAUGGUUGGCAUCGUCAUGGGCACCCAACACCUUAUCUGCCUGAUAUGGCACCCCCUCUCCAGCCUGCUGGCCAGGCACCAUGACAAGCGGCGGGUGGUCAUCAUCGGCUCGCUGGUCUGCUCGGCUGGACUGGGCCUGGCUUUCCUGCUCCUGCCACCCUCAGGGGACGCAACUGGGGCCAGUAUCUGUAACUCCACCUCUCCCCUCGCCCCCAGACCCACCACAGAACCUGCCAACAGCCACCCAGUGAGCCACGUAACAGUGCCCCCACAAAUCUCCCCUACUGGCACUCCCUCCCAAUUAAAACUGACUGUGCCAGCUCAAAACCUCACUGGCUUGGCCACUGUAGGAAAUGCCUUCACCACUAUUGUCCAGAGCAGUAGUGAAAGUGGGGAAGCUAAUGCAACCGUGUCUGCUAGUGUGGAGAGAAGAGAGAACUACAACAAGGGGUCCAAGGGGAACUUUAGCAGUAACACAAAGGAGAGUGUUGCACCACACAGGAGAGCAGCCAGGUUUCAGAGGCACACGGAGGUGAUGAAAGAGGAAGAGGCCCAUUAUGAGUCCCUGGGCAGUCUGAAUGGGAUGGAUGCUCAGCACCAGCUCUUCUUCCUGGUGCUCAUAGUGAUUGGACUGUGGGAGAUUGCAGCUGCCCCUCUGCAGUGGACAGCAGAUGAUGGACUCUACGACUACCUAGACUUUGUUGAUGCCACCGACCGGCAUGGUCGGGUGUGGAUGUGGAGGUUGUUAGGAGGGGCCUGUGGCGUGUUUGGAGUUGGGCUCCUGGUCUCUAACCUGGACUGCUUUUUUUGUUUGGGGGCACGAGUGUACAGGGGUGCUGUGCAUUUCUUUGGCUACGCACUGCUGAUGCUUGUGGUAGUCCCUGAGGCCGCAUUCCUCCCGCUCUACCUCAAUCGCAAGCAGGUGCUGCAACGUGGCGGGAGGACAAACAAUGGUGUGAAAGCGCUCCGGCUAGUCAGGGACGACCCCCGCGCCCUCCUGUGUGCCAUCACCGCCUGCCUGGUGGGCGCGGCGAGCGCUGCCGUGGAGGACUUCCUGCCGUGGCAGAUACAGGACGGCGGGGGCAGCGAGCUGCACGUGGGCACAGCGCUGGGCGUGGCGCUGCUCUCCCAGGUGACCUUCCCGCCGGUGCUCAGGAGCGGACGCGUCCUGCGGAUCCUGGGCCCCCACGGCCGGAUCCUACUCCUGGGGGCUGCAGCCCGUGCACUCCAGUGCCUCUACUACUCCUUCCUCAGGGGCCCGUGGGCCGUCCUCCCUGCCCAGGCGCUGGACUGCCUCAGCGUAGGUGCCUUCUGGUGGGCGCUGGAGGCGCAGUGUGAGGACGUAGCAACACCUGGCACGGAGCGGGCCGUGCAGCGGGUCUAUCAGGCCCUGGCACUGGAUCUUGGCGCCGGGCUUGGCAGCUUUGCAGGGGGGUUGGUGGUACAGAGGUUUGGCAUAGCUGUGCUCUUCCAGGGCCUGGCUGCCGGCCUCGGCCUCUGGUGUGUCAUCCUCGGCCUUUUACAGUGGAAGGUCCCAAGGCAGCGGAGGAUCAACUACUCCCGCCUCCUGGCAGCAGACGCCAGUGAGGUGAGCGACACAGAGUCUGAGCAGGAGAGAGACUGGCUGGACAAAGCUAUCCAAGAGGAGAACAGCAAGAACAGUAACAGCCACAGAAAUAACUCCAGGCAAUAACUGAAGGACACCAGCUGCUCUCCCCUCAGAACAUUAUACUUAUGAAAUGCUUCAGAUACUGGGAUUUUGAUUAAUUUGGCCAAGAGGAAACAUAAAAUUCAUUUUCAGAGAUGUAAUUCUGAAAAGUUGUUGUCGAGACUACUCGAAAAAAUUGAAAAUAAAUGUUUUGACUCCAAUGUUAUCAAUGACUUUACUAGGGAAUGUGCUAUCUAGUCUGUUAUGUGCAAUCAUUUUGUUUAUCUUUUUGAGUUUUUGAUUAAUUGUUCAAAAAUGUUUUGGCUUGGGUUGUGUUUGCCUGGACUUGAUGUCUCCUUUAUAUGUGAAAGCACUUAUCUUAAAUAAAAGUUUUGGAUAAGAGCAGAAACAUA